GCGGUGUUCAAUUUUGCUGGUGAUCUGUGACUUUUGACGAUUUUCAGUUUAUGAAUGUUUACAUGCUUGGGUCCAAGAGUGUUAUUAUGCCCCAUCUGGGCGUAUCGUUCCCUGAAUCGCUCGGCAUGGCACUAGACGAACAACAGAAGCUCCUUACAUCAGUUGCAGGUGGACGGUCGCAACUAUCCGUUACAGUGGUCGAAGUGGGUGGCAGCACCCCUAGUCCCAUUUCUGAUAGAAGCACACAACAAUUGCUGCAAACACCCCUGGAAAGUGGACCGGCUUCGUGUUGCCAGGGACUAAAUGCCGCUUCGUUGCUUUUGGAAAGCCCCCCCAAAUGGGGCGAAGCUGCCCGUUACGCUUCCAAACAACAUCGAAAGAUUGCUGGGAGGGCCACAUUUCAAGGACAAGUCUACAACUUCCUGGAACGUCCAGAUAACUGGAAAUGUUUCGUCUAUCACAUUAUAGUGUUUAUGCUAGUUUUAGUUUGUCUCAUAUUUAGCGUCUUGUCAACGAUAGACACGUAUUCAAAUUUCGCCAACGAAACUCUUUUUUGGAUGGAAAUUUGUCUGGUCGUCUUCUUUGGGGUUGAGUAUUUAGUUAGACUGUGGUCCGCAGGAUGCAGGUCCAAAUAUAUGGGAUUUUGGGGAAGAUUACGGUUCAUUCGCAAACCUAUUUGUAUUAUAGAUUUAAUCGUGGUAGUGGCUUCGAUUGUGGUCCUCACGCUUGGUUCCAAUGGGCAGGUGUUCGCCACGUCUGCCAUACGAGGGAUUAGAUUCCUUCAAAUUCUUCGUAUGUUGCAUGUUGACAGGCAGGGCGGUACUUGGAGACUGUUGGGGUCAGUUGUGUUCAUCCACAGGCAGGAACUAAUAACUACGUUGUACAUCGGUUUUCUCGGCCUAAUCUUCAGUAGCUACUUCGUAUAUCUCGCCGAAAAAGACGCUGUUGGUGCUGAUGGGAAGAACACCGGUGAUUUCUCCAGUUAUGCGGACGCACUUUGGUGGGGCGUGAUCACCGUCACCACCAUAGGGUACGGCGACACCGUUCCCCGCACCUGGAUGGGCAAAAUCGUCGCCUCAUGUUUCAGUGUCUUCGCCAUUUCGUUUUUCGCUCUUCCAGCAGGCAUCCUCGGAUCCGGAUUCGCAUUAAAAGUUCAACAAAAACAACGCCAAAAGCACUUUAACAGGCAGAUCCCGGCCGCGGCGAUGUUGAUUCAAUGUUUGUGGCGAUGUUAUGCGGCCGAUAAAAGCUUCAACUCCACCGCAACAUGGCAGCUCUACGUGAAGGACAGUAAUUCUACGAUGCAAGUAUCCAACGCCUCAUCGAGUGGCGGCACAUGCUCCAACAUCCCGCUUUCUAAAUCCCUAAUAUUGCAGGUGGCCAAGAAGGCGUCGGUGCUGAAGCGCCGCAAAUCGAGGAACCGGAUGGAGUCGACGGGACCAGGCACACCGGACACUCCCGUCCAGCCGACGUCGGCGUCGCAGCUGCCGAACUCGGCCGCCUCUGACGCCGACGUCGUUUUCUAUAUGGAAGAACCUAAAGCAGGUACGCCGAAUAGGGUGAGAAGGGGCGAACGUGAAAGUGUCCGCGGUGCUAUAUUCACCAGCCAAACAAGCACUGUGACAGAGGCGCCCAGCGAUGAAAUCGACGACCUCGACGGAGAACUACCUAGAGUUACCCAAUUAACCGAAGCACAUAAAAAUGCCAUCCGGGCCAUAAGAAAAAUAAAAUACUUCGUGGCCAGGAGGAAGUUCCAACAGGCCAGGAAACCCUAUGACGUGCGCGACGUGAUUGAACAAUACAGCCAAGGACAUCUCAACAUGAUGGUCAGGAUUAAGGAGUUACAGAGGCGUUUGGAUCAGACGCUCGGCAAACCAGGAAGCUAUCUAGCAGGAAUCGACCGCGUCGGCAACGUGAAACCUAUGACUGUGGGGGCCAGACUUUACAGGGUAGAACAACAGUUGGGAUCAUUGGAUAAAAAGUUGGAUACUUUAACCCAUAUUUUAAAUAUCCUGACCCAAAAACAACAAGGAACUGUUGCCAUUCGACCAUUAGAAGACGACGUAUAAACAAGUAUUCAAUAAGAAGUAUUUAUUAUAUAUUAUUUAUAUAAAUUUAUUUUCUAACAUUAUAUAUGCUAUCA